AGGCGUACUGCGCAUGUAUCUACGUAUUGUCAAAAUAUCCAAACAAUCAUGCUUCGUCCUAUCUGCUAGUGUCAAAAAGCAAGGUAGCUCCUUUGAAAACUAUAAGCUUACCCAAGUUGGAGUUAUGUGGAGCUACAUUACUAUCUAAACUUCUGAAAUCUGUCUGCCAAAACUUACGUUUUACUGUUUCCGAUACUUACCUGUGGUCAGAUUCAACAAUAACACUCGCAUGGUUACAAAAGCCUCCUUUUCACUGGAAAACGUUUGUGGCAAACAAAGUUACUGAGAUUCGAGAAAAUGUUGGCAACGUAAACUGGAGACAUGUUCCAACGAACGAUAAUCCCGCUGAUAUCGGUACGCGGGGAUGUACAGCUUCGGAACUGGAAGCAAACUCACUAUGGUGGCACGGGCCACAAUGGUUAGUAAAACCACCUGAGUCAUGGCCAAAGCAAACUUCGUAUAAGGAACCUACCCUUGAGAAAAAGAUCAUCACAUGCCAAGUACAAGUUAUGGCUGAAGAUAUACUGGACCGAUUUUCGUCCUUAGCUCGAGCACUGCGUGUUGUGUGCUAUAUGUUGAGAUUUGUGGCGAAAUGUCUGAAAAGAAAUACUUCUGAGAUACGAAACGAUUUCAUUACUCCCCAAGAGAUACUGACUGCAAAAUUUAGACUUAUUCACUUGGCUCAGAUUUGCCAUUUUACUUCUGAAUAUCGAGCUUUGGAGUCUGGGCUACCAAUAAGCUCCAAAAGUAGACUUCUAACUCUAAAUCCAUAUUUAGAUGAACAUAAACUGCUAAGAGUCAAUGGUCGGUUGGCUAAUUCUGAUUUAAGUUUCAAUGAAAGGUUUCCUAUAAUACUACCGGAAACUUCUAGGUUUUGCAAGCUUCUCAUCGACUUUACCCAUAAAAUACUUCUGCAUGCUGAGCACCAGAUAAUGCUACGGGCAAUACGGCAGGAGUUCUACAUUAUUCGGCUUAAAAGUGCUAUUCGUCAGUGCGUCAGAAGCUGCAAAAUAUGCACUAUUUACAAACAUAAAAUACGGAAUCAAAUAAUGGCCGCUCUACCAGCGGAACGGUGCACUUUUUCUUUACCAUUUACUCAUACUGGGCUCGAUUUCGCGGGCCCAUUCGAUUUGAAGUCAUCUAAACUCCGAAACGCCAAGUUGCAGAAAGGCUACGCUGCUAUUUUUGUUUGUUUAUCUACACGUGCCGUUCAUUUGGAGGCUUGUUCGGACUUAUCCACAGAUGCUUUUCUCUCCACAUUUAAUCGAUUUGUUGGCCGUAGGGGGUUUCCUAAUCAAGUUUUUUCCGACAACGGAACUAAUUUCGUUGGAGCGAGUAGAUCGCUUAUGAAGGAAUACAGGGAAUUUCUGAAGGCAACUGAGAAAUCCAUUGCAGAGAAGUAUGGAAUGCAUGGGUUCACUUGGCAUUUCAUUCCGCCUCACGCUCCACACAUGGGUGGUUUGUGGGAGGCAGCUGUCAAAAGUAUGAAGUCCCAUCUACGAAAAGUUGCUUCCGGUCUUAAAUUUACAUACGAGGAGUUCUCUACGUUACUGGUGAGAAUCGAAAGUAUACUCAACUCCCGACCGCUGUCCCCAAUUAGCGAGGAUCCGUCUGAACUACUUCCACUUACACCUGGCCACUUACUUCGGGGCGCUGCAUUAAUGGCUAUCCCGGAAGAAUAUUCAGACAACCAAUCAUUAUUAAAUCGCUGGCAAAGACUUAAAACUUUGCAACUUCUGUUUGCCAAAAGGUGGAAGAAUGAAUAUGUGUGCGAGUUGCAGAGACGAUAUAAAUGGAAGUCUGCCCAAGUAAACUUAAAAGAGAACGAUUUCGUCAUUGUAAAAAAUGACAAUCUUCCCCCUACUGAAUGGUGUCUGGGAAGAGUCAUCAAAGUUUUCACUGGUAAAGAUUCCAAUCACACCCAAAUGUCGAAUUUGCAAGGAUCGACAUUUCCUCAAACAUUGUCCCGCCUUCCAAGGAAUGUCUGUGGUAAGGAGACGAGAGGUAAUCAGAGAAAAGGGAUUUUGCUUUAAUUGCCUCUGUACCGCUCAUACCCGGAAUUGGUGUCCAUCACGAAAUAAGUGCAUGGUAUGUCAACUCAACCACCAUACAAUGGUACAUGUGGACCAAUCCUCAACUCCUAAAGCCACUCUUCAACAUAUGCAUCAACACUCCCAAAACACUACACGCAAGAUCGAAAAAAAUGGCCGUUCGUGCAACAGUCGCAAACCCAACAGCACUCAGCACCGUGCAAAAUCCAAAGCUCAAGAUCAGGAACCGCACCUACACUUCAGAGAACGGCUAAGCCAUCGGACAAGACAGCACGUUUUUCUUCCAACAUUGCUAGCUAGGAUCCCAACACCCGAUGGCCCAGCAAAAACGAGAAUUCUCAUGAAUUCCGGUGAGGUUCAAACAAUGAUUCUUCAAACCCUAGUCGAGCGACUGCAUCUUCGCACAACCAGAAAGGAUAACAAGGAGUACUGCACAUUGAAUUUGGAAUCAUACCAAGAUCCUUUAGCAAAAAUCCAGAUCAUAGGUAUGGUCCAAAAAAAAGUUCCGAACAACUCUCCCCAAACCAAUCCGCGAACCAAAGCUGCGUGCCAUAUACGACCACAUUACCGAUCUAGCAGAUCCGAACUUCCACAAUCCGUGCAACGUCGAAAUUUUGCUGGCUAAUGACCAAAUACCAAGAAUAUUGCGAGCUGGGAUGAUCCAGACUUCCUCAAGUAUGCCUAUAGCCCAGAGCACAAUAUUCGGCUGGACAAUUUCUGGAGCUUGUCGCUACUAAUGUUGCAUUCAUGCAAGGCGGCCGGCAUGUUGAAACCAGUUCAACACCAUUAUUAUCUUAAAUGAAUUUAAAUGAAGUCAAAUGAAUUAUUAUACUGUAUUGAAUUUCCCCUACAUAUUUGUAUGAUUAAUGCUAGAAUAUGGCAACUCAUUGCUUUAGCCUGCAGCGCAGAUAAAAGCUUUCAUUUAGUACUAUAAGCCUAUUUGUCUCACUCCAACUUUCACCUAAUAGCUGAAAUUAACUAUUAUGAACCCAGCUUUAUGCUGACUUAGCCUCAUAGAACUCACUUGUGCAGCAUCAUUGACAGGAGGCGGUAAGGAGUAAUCUCUAAUAAAACUGUUCAAACACAUCAAACUGAA